CACCGUAGUAGUACGCGCAUUCCGGUCUCCUUUCUUUCAGUAUAAGAUAUUUUUAAAUAUUAACAGUUUUUUCAACAUAUUAUGAACCUAAUCAUAGCCCAGCUUGAUAUUUGAUUAUUCAGUUGUCCAAAAUGACUGCCAUAAAAUGACAUUCACCGUUUUGCGACAGUGGGAGGUACCGUCUAAGUAGCUAUAGUAAGUAAACAGUCUGUUAGCUGCUAUGCUAAGUCAGUAAAGAAAUAACAUUUAAUUAUAUUUACUCUGUUUAGUUCUUUAUUUUGCCGUAUCACUAAUACUUUGUUAUGUAAAACUGCCAUGUGGGUACGGUUACCAAACAAUAGGCCCUGUAGUUACUCAAACGUAUUGAGUUUUUGUUACAUUUCUUCACACUUUUUGUGGUGAAAGAUUAAGAGAGUUUCCUGAUUUCAUAGACCAUAUGACACUGGUCGAGAGAUGGAUUCACUUCUUUGGGAUGCUAUUCAAAGUCUGCGGAGAGGGAGGGACCCAAAUCAUCAGAGUGGUGUUAAUAAUAGCACGGACAACGCUCCAGGAAGUAAUAACAACCAGCAAAGUUACUGUGAAUACUCAAGAUACACGGAUGAAGGACCACAGUACAGUGCCGGGGUGAAUGAGGGGUGGGAGGAACCUGCUCCAGCAUCCUUUUACAACAAGGAGUUAGAGGAGGAUGAAGACCCUGAUGGAGUGGCACUUGUUGAAGAAGAUGAGGACCCAGAGCUUGCAAGAAAGAGGGAAGAGCUCAGAGAGAUCGAGGAGCAGAUUCAGCAAAAGAAAGUUUCUAUAGCUCUAAAAAAAGUUGAAAACGUAGUGAAUUACACAAGUCAAGGCUUUCCCUGUAAUGGUGAAACAGAUGAUUAUGAUGGCCCAACGCUUAAAGAAAGGGUGACUGCAAUUUUAGAGCAACGACAUUCUGUUGGAUUUCUGUCCAAGGUCCACACUCCUAAAGAAAGACUGGACUCAUCCAGUCGACUGCAGGACGAACAUCGAUUAAAGCUCAGAGUGAAGGCACUGUUGAAGCAGAGACUCACAGAUCCCUUUGUUAUGCUUAAACACAGAAAGGUCCCUGGUGUCACACCACCUCUUCCAGGCCGCAGAGAAACUUCAGCAGAGACAGAGGCAAACAAAUCAGACCUGGGUUUCCAGCGCUUUCUCAGCGUGCUGAACAAAGGAGAAACGCCUCCCCCAGGCCACAGGGAAACUUUGGCAGAGAAGGUCCCUGGUGUCACACCACCUCUUUCAGGCUGCAGAGAAACUUCAGCAGAGACGGAGGCAAACAAAGCAGACCUGGGUUUCCAGCGCUUCCUCAGCGUGCUGAACAAAGGAGAAACGCCUCCCCCAGGCCACAGGGAAACUUUGGCAGAGAAGGUCCCUGGUGGGACACCGCCUCUUCCAUGCCACAGAGAAACUUCAGCAGAGACGGAGGCAAACAAAGCAGACAUGAGUUUCUGGCGCUUCCUCAAUGUGAUCAACAAAGAAGAAAAGCAUCCUCCAGGCUGCAGGGAAACUUCAGCAGAGAGGGAGGCAAAUAAAUCAGACCUGGGUUUCCAGCGCUUUCUCAGCAUACUCAACAAAGGAGUGGACAUUGACGUACUCAGUAGAAUUGUUGGAGCGGAUGCUGAUGAUCUUUCCAUAUGUGAGAAGGUCCCAAGCAUUCAAUCUCCUACUUUGGGGAACAAUUUAGGCCCACCGUUCAGGAGCGAAAGCCAGCGAUCCAACAGUGCAGCCUCGAUCCUGUCAAGCCACAGUCCCACCAGUAGUGGAGGGAGAAGCCAAGAGAGAUCUUUCAUUCAGAAAGUCUCCCUACCUGAUGAUGGAGACAAAAAGAACGACAAAGGUAAUGGCUGCUUCAACUCUAGCAGUAGAUCCAAACGAUCCAACAGUGGAGCCUUGAUCCUGUUGAGCCACAGUCCCACCAGCAGUGGAGGGAGAAGCCAAGAGAGAUCUCUCAUUCAGAAACCCUCCCUACCUGAUGAUGGAGACAAAAAGAAUGACAACAGAGAUGGCUGCUUCAACUCUAGCAAUAGAUCCAAACGAUCCAACAGUGGAGUCUCCCUGCCAAGCCGUAGUCCCACCGGCAGUGCAGAGAAAACAAACACCCCACCCAGUCAAGAAAGAUCCAUCAGUCACAGACUCUCCCCAUCUGAAGAUGAGAAGAAGAAAAACAGAAAAGACCACCGCAAGAGGGCCUCAAGUAGUCGAUCCAAGUCUCCCAAAGUAGGGGAGAAGAGAAGGAAAAAGGAGGAAACACCACAGAAAGAUGAGCAUCAGGAGCAUCUCCAGAAGAUCCUGAAAACUCUGGGUCUGAGCCUGGAAGCAGAGGAGAUGAGCAAACUAGCAGACCGCACUCAAGAGAGGCUGUAUGGAAAGAGUAGGGCUGAGAGCAGUGCGGAGCAGGAGAGGCCACAGAGAGACGCACACAGACAUCACAGGAACACCUCCCCUUCCUUCUCCUCCUCCUCAUCCUCCUCAUCAUCCUCCUCCUCCUCCUCCUCCUCUUCAUCUUCCUACUCAAGGUCAACAUCUAGAAGCUCAAGUUCCAGCCCCUCUCGCAGCCGGUCCUACAGCAGACACUCAUUACAAAGGAGAAAGUCUGAACGCAGCCGCUCUAGAGACAGAAGCAGAGAUAAACUGUCAAGCCCAAACAGUGAAAAAGCACAGAGACACUGGGACAGAAAUUAUGAUAGAAAAUACUCUGCUGAGACCUAUGACACCUCCACAUAUGCAUACCCACAUUCACAUUUACGUCAACACACCCCCAUGUAUCCACCUCCACACCCUGCUGGCUUUCCUGCAUUUCAGGGCUACAGUUAUCCCCACUAUUUUCAGUAUAACACCUAUCAAAGUGUCACUUUAAGUACUGCUGCACAGUCUUGUUGGGUGGAUCCACAGGAUGCCUAUCCUCCCUCCUUUUAUCCUAAUGAGUAUCCUUAUCCCCAAGACUCGUGUCAUCACUAUCCUGAGUUUGUAGAAGCACCUCAGAAGGCCCACAGUCAUAGCAGACUUGAAAUUGGCUCAGGAGUGAAUCCAGAUCUGUUGAAAAGUGAAGGACAACCUGAGCCGGCUUCUCGCAGUUGCUGCCUCCAAGUUGUCCAAACUAAGGAGGAAAUCCCACAAAACUGUUUAAAGAACCACACAAGGGGCAAAAGGGUCAGGAAAAGGAAGGGUAAAAAAAAUAAUAGUAAUGUCAAUAGUCAAAAUCAGAUAAAAACUGGAAAGAAAAAGAAGAAGAAGAAAGAAAAAGGGGCAAAGAGUUGCAGAUUUGUGUCUGAAGUGAAAGAGAAGAAGGAAGAGGCAAAGCAGGACAAUAAUGAUUCUGAAAUUGAAGAGUCAGAAAAGGAGAAAAAAGUGCCAACAGAGGAAGUGAAGAAGAAUCUGAGGAAAAUGCUUGAUGCAUUUAACCAGAAGCCAAAGCCAAAUGUCAUACAGCCAUACAGUUCUGUACCCUUUGAGGAUGAUUAAGGUCGGUUGGAGUGUCAUCUUUGUCAUUUGAACCUGCAGUGUACUCCAGCAGACCCUGUGGACUUCACAUUUAGUAUUUACAUUUAAGUUCACUGUGGAAAAAGACCAUUACUUUAGUCACAUUUCAGUUAUAUUACUGAAUGUUCGUCAAACUCUGAUACGGAUGAAACGGUCUUCAAAAUAAUAUUUUUCUGCAGUAAAACUCCAUUUUCCUAUUCUUGAACAUUUUAAUGUUUUCAGCAUUAUAUUUUACUGAACAUCACAGCUUUGUAACUGUUUCUAUUAUGCAUUUUCUACCUCUACAAUCUUAAAUCAGCAUUUACUUUUUUAGAAUCUGCAUUAUGUUGUUGAUGCUUUUUUCAUCAUAAUGAGUUGGGUGUGAAAAAUAUUCAGGUCCUGGUAUUUUGGCUUUUACUGCUGAUGGUUGUUUAUUUUUUUGAAUUAAA